AGUGAUCUACAGCAGCGAGCCGUGCUUAAACAAGAAGAAGAACCUUGCGUAUUAGCAAAAGAUGAGUGUUUAUCACUUCGUUUAACACAGCAGAUAAUUAGUUACAGGACUACUACGUUUCAAUACAUUUCAGUACGGCAUUUGGAACAUGUACGAGUAGACAUAUCGGGUAAACAUAUCGUUUUAAGCAUGUAUUCGGUUCAUAAUGUGACGCGAUUGUUAUUGGGAGGCAGACCAGUGGACUCACCAGUUUGAAGAACUUGGCGUAGGACUGUAAAAUGGGUGCUGUAUAGCCUUUAUAGCUCUAUUUGAAAUCCCCUGUCUAAGACAUCAAGUCUUAGGCCAAAGGCUAUAUCAACAAUGCUGAGGUGGUUUUCCGCAGAGGAGUCCAGCACAGCUCAUGAAGCUCCUGGCUCACCGCUAGUGGAGAUGGGCUCUGAUAUAAGAUUUUCAGAGGUCACGGAGCAGCUGGCACAGAUGGAGGAACUUGUGUCUCAUUUAAAAGAGUUGAUCAGGGAGAAAGAUGCAGUACUCAGCAGUAAAGAUGAGCAAGUCAAGGAGCUGACAGAACAAAUGCAGCGCUUGCGGAGUGAGAGAGAACACUCUGAAUCAAAGCUGGACGCGGAACGACACAUUGCUCGAGCUCGGCUCAAAGAUCUGAUGGAGAAACAUGAGGCUGAGCUUUGCAGGGCUGCUGAUAAACAUGAGGCUGAGAUGAUGGAGAGAGAGCAGGCCUUGCGCCGACAGCUGGAGACCCUUCAGCGAUCCAUAUCACUGCCUGCAGAAGCACACGCAAACUUAUCCACCUCCAUCACUACUCAGAGAGUCACAGAGCUGCAAGCCCAAGUGAAAUUGAAAGAAGCCGAAGCCAAUAAAGCAGAAACAAAGUUCCUAAAGAUGAAGGCUUGGUCCAAGUCUCGGAUCAGGCAGCUCGAGGAGGAGCUUAAAAAAGUUCAGUCUGGCAUAUGUGUCAAUAUGUCCCCUGAUGUCACAUCCCUACACAGUCGCAUAACUGAAUUGCAAGAGGAGAGAGAGGAAAUGCUCAGCAAAUUGGAGCUGUAUGAAGAUAUGAAGGCAAAAAAUGAGGAAUUGCGGAAGCAACUGAUGGAGUAUAAGGAACAGCAGAGCAAGAUGCAGGCUGACCUGGAGCAAGUGACCAAGAGAGCAUCAUCACAGGCGAGUGAGACAGGCAUGGAUGAUGUUCAGGUCAUGGAGUGGCAAGAAAUGGUGACCAUGGUGACUGAAGCAGAGCGAGGUCGGGAUCAAGGUCACGAGAAGAACGUCAUGGCCUUCAGAAUGAGUCACAUCGAGGAGGAGAGAGAGGGACUGAUUGAGGAUGACUGGUUGUUUCCUGGCUGCUCCGAUCCAGCAUUAGCCAAUCGGCAACAGGAAGUGGAGGAGGAGUUGGCCCAGGUUCAUGGACUCUGCCCACAGAAAAGCAGGAAGCCCAAAUAUUUCACUCCACGCAGCCUGCAGGAGGAGUUUCAUAAUACACAAGACCCAAUGGGUGACAUGGAUCAUGAUGGUCUUAUAAAUGGAGAGAAUAUGGGUGGAUGGUGGCCACAGCACAGUGCUGCAGAUACAGAUGGCUUGAGGUCAGUUGUCGAAGAGCUCGAACUAGAGAGAAAUCAACUGCAGGAGCAAAUCUUGGUUCUUGAGAAACAGUGCCAAGACCUAGAGGACCGUCUACAGCUUCAAGCUCGCAUUGAAUUGCUACAGCAUGAGUCUGAGCGUCUGCAGGCUCAGGUCGCCAGUCUUCGCAGUCAGCAGAUUAAAGAUGCAGAAAAACAUCAGCUGGUCAUCACCAAUCUGAACAAACAACUCAAAGGACUGAGCAGCACACAGGAGUGUUUGGAGUCCUCGCUCAUGGAAAAGGAGCACACGCUUGCCAGAACCUCAGAGAAACUAGAAUGUAUUGACAGUCUGAGAGAGGCAUUAGAGGCAAAGGAAAAACAAAACCAGGACCAAGCAGACAGGCUUCUUCAGUCCGAACACAAUCUGGCUGAAGUUAAAAAGACAUGCAGCAAUUUUGAGAAGGAAAAUUCAGAAAUGAAAGCGGCUGUUGCAGAACUAACUCUCAAACUCGGUGUGAUGAAAGACAAGUCACAGAAACAAGAUACAGCUAUAGAAUCAUUACAGAGUGAUUUGGUUCAAACAAAUGAUGAACUUGACAGACUGAACACAGUUCAUUUGGAAGAAAGAGCACAGCUGGUUCAUGACUUGCAGAGCUGUGAGCGCGAAAUUGAUAGACUUCAAGAUGUCAUCACUGACAAGGACAAAGAAAUACUGGCUCUAUCAUCCAGCAUGGCAGAAUAUUCUGAGCAGAUCCAUGAACUAAAACAAGAAAUGAAGCUCAAAGAGGAUGUGCUGACUAAAGUCGAAGAAAAUGUUCAAAUCUUUAGAGACCCGCAGCUUUCCGACCAGCAGUUCUUCAAUAUAUUAAUACCUAAGCUGAUUGAACAGUUGAAGAAAACCGAAAGCGAUCUAAAGGUGGCCAAAAAAGAAAGUGAGUCGAGGAGUAAUGAAAUUAAAGACUUUAUAAAGCAAACAGAAGAUGACAAGAAAAUAAUUCAGGAUCUUCGCAUGGAAAUACAAAAGCUGCAAAUUAAUCUGAAAGAACCGCAGUCAGACGGGGAACAAGUGCAUGAAAAAGAUUUCCUCAAGGAAGAACGCAACAAGUUGCUUUCUGAAGUCAGCAAACAAAAAAGUGAGCUUCUGAGGUUUUCUAAAACAAUCGAGGAGCAGGUUGCCUGUCAAGAACAGCUUAAGCAAGACAUCCAAGACAAGUCAGAGGUAAUCUUUUCAUUGGAGCAGAAGUUAAAGAUUGUUCAAGAGGAGCUAGUAGUUGAGAGGGAUCGAUUUAACUCAGAACUCACGAUUCGAGAUGAAGCCAAAGAACACCUUGAGAAAAGUUUGUCUUGUGAAAUUGAUAGUGUUAAAUCUGUAAAGAAUGACAACCAGAAACUUAAAGAGUCACUUGAGCAGAAUUUGGGAGAGCUUGCAAGCCAAAAGCAGCUCCUGGACAGUGCUGCGAUCGAAAUACAAGCCCUGCAAGAUCAGAAUUCCAGCUUAAUUUUUCAAGUCAAAAGUCUCGAAAGUGACAAUUGUCAUUUAAGGGUUGAAAUUGAGACUAGAGUCCAGUCUCUCUCUGAUGUUUCAGAAGAAAAGAAGAGAUUGUUAAACAAAAUAUCUCAAAUUGAACUGCAGCUUUCAGAAAGUGUUAAAACAAUAAGUGACUUUCAGAGAGAUAAGGAAGAGCUAUAUCUUAGAGAGGCUGACUUGAAGAAAGAACUUGAAAAAAACAAACAGUCUAUAACUGAGAUUUCAUUAGAAAAAGAUGGUGUUGUAGAGCUUCAUAAUGCGUUGAUUAAACAAAAUCAACAAUUGCAAGAAAUAUUGGACGAGAAACAAAAGGAAGCGCUUGUAUUAACCCAGGCCGUAUCUGACUUAAAUAACAAGAUCACGAUAACUCUUAAGGAAAAUGAAAAACUUGCUUCUCAAAUUGUUAGUCUGGAUGAACAGAAUGGUUCCCUUCAGAGACAAAUAAAUGAACAGAUGAAAUCACUUACAGAAACAACAAAGGAGAGAGAGACUUUACAAAACAAAAUCCAGUUUUUCGAGACACAGGAUGUGGAAAACCAUAAAAUUAUAGAAGGCUUACUUAAGGCCAAAGAAGAUUUGCUUUUGCAAGUGGAGGAGCACAAAGUUAUUGAACAGAAACUGCAGGCCAAUGCUGAGAUGUUACAGAAGAAGUCUUCAGAAUGCACAGACCUCACACAAGGUCUCAGCGAGACCAAAGAAGAAGUAGAUCACCUUAAAAGGAAACUCGAAUCCUCCAAUUCCGAAGUUGUUAAGUGUAAAAAUAUUAUGCUCGAAAAAGAAAAGAUCUUAACAGACCAACGUAUGCAAAUUGAAGCUUACCAGCAGCAGUUCAAGCAUUUACAAGAUAACAUAUCUGUACUUCAAGAACAAGCUUUUAAACAUAAAUCAGGCCUGACAGAGAAAGACACUCUGCUGCAGAAAGAAUCAAACGCAUGUGUUUUACUUCAGAAGGAACUUGGUCAUGAAAGAGAACUUGUUUUUACCUCUCAACAAGAGAUAAGCUCUCUGAAAGUGGAGUGCUCCAGACUGAACCAGGCUUUAGAAGAGAAAGAAAACACUUUAAGAGAGAAAAACCUUGAAUGCCAAAACCAUUUAGAGGAACUGUGUAAAAGAAAUGAGACAUUGGUUUCACUUACUAGUCAACUUGGUCUUAUGAAUGCAAGCAUAGCGAAGCUUGAAUCUGAUAAUGCAAACUUAAAGGACACUUUAGAGAGGCAUCUAUCUGAAAGUGCAAGACUCAAAGAGGAGCUGAUGCAGAAACAAAUAGAGCUUGUGGAAUAUCAGGACAGUGGUCAGGCAAUGAAUGAUCAAAACAGUAUAAUUAAAUCAGAACUAAAGAAUUCAAUGACAGAAAUGGUUAGACAAAAAGAGAUGAUCACUUCACUACAAAAUGAGUUGGAGAGCAAAAGAGUCAAACUGGGAUCUUUGGAAGAGAAGUUCAAAUCGGAGCACUCUCAGCUUGAAGCUUUACAACUUACUCUGCGGGACAAAGAAGAUGUUUUCCAGACACAGGAGAUGCAUGUAAAUAACAUGCAAGCCAAACUGUUGGAAAGUGAGGGCCAAAUCAAACAGAGAAUCUUAAAGCUUCAGGAAGAGAAUCAAAGUUUACGGACAGCUUUGGAAGACAAAGAUAAAGAGUUUUCUUUGGUUAAGACAACAUUAUUGGCACAAUCGGAGGCUUGUGAAUCUAGACUGAAAUCAGAAAUGGUUGCGACUGCUCAAUUUCAGAGAGAGAUACAAAACUUACAAGAAAAAAUGAACCAGCUCAUAAGCAUCAUUACUGAAAAGGAUUCCUUAUUGAUGCAGGAGAAAGAGAAGUAUAUGUGCUUGCAAAGUAGUGCAUCAGAACUGGAAAGCACAGUUUCACAACUGAACUGUCAAAUAAAGCAAUUAACCUCAGAAAUCAAACAACUCAGGGAAACACAAACUAAGAAGGAACAAGUGACAUUUGCUGCUCAAUCGCAGAUGCAGAAACUGGAUGAACUCUACAAGAAUCUUCAACAGGAAUGUGAUUUGACUAAACAAGAGCUGCUGAAAGUUUUAAAUGAAAAAUCAUUAAAGGAAGAAGAGGUCCGUAAAUUGAUCCUGGAAAAGGAAGACAUCCUCAGAACUUCCAGUUAUCAGAUUCAGACAACUCAGGAUCAACAACACAACUGGCGAUCUACCACCAUGAAUAAAGUGGAGGAAGUUCAGGCAAUGGAGAAAAAGAAACUUCACAAGAUGGAGUUUAUGGCUUUGCAGGGUAAAGAAGCAUCUUCAGAUCAAUGGGUCCAGUUGAAUGGCCAUCUGCAGCAAUGCCAGCUAGAGAUUCAGCAAAGAGAAUGUGGCCUCCAACAGCUCAACAUCAAGUUGCAGCAGACAAUUGAAGAAAAAGAAGGGGUUUCCAGGAUGCUCAAAGACACACAACAGAGUGUUAGUGAGCUCCAGAAUCGCUGCUAUUGGCUGGAGAGACAAGUUCAAAACCAGUUGUCACCCACACAGCAGGGUUCAGUCUACGGAGAAGUUCCACCAGGAGCUCCUCAGGAACCAAUCAGUUCCACUGUCAACCAAGUUGGAUCAGACAGCAGAGAUCUCAGGAUGAGGCUUUCUGAGGCAGAGAUUCACCUGUCACAGUUAAACUCUAGAUUAGAGGAGGAAAGAUCAAGAAGAGAGGUCGCAGAAGAAGCUUUGCGGUUGACAGAACAGAGAGUUGUAAGCAUGGAGGCAAAUCAGUCAAGGCGUUCUCAACCAGACUUCAGUAUACAGCUGGAAAAAGAUGAAGAACAGUUUGAAGAACUUAUUAUUCGCCCAAACCGACGCCUAUUUAUGCACAAGAUGAAAAGCGGGGUUCACUUGUGUCAACGUUGGCUCAAAGGAAGAAGCACAUACAGCUGUUCAAGACUCCUAAAAUCCAGAGCCAAAUCCCGCUACUUAUUCAUCGGGUACAUUCUCAUGCUUCAUGUGCUGGUUUUCAUGUGCCUCGGUUCAUCUCUAUGAAGAGCAAUUCUCACCAAAUCACAUUUGCACAAACAGACUUAAUUAGUGGAUCCAGAAGCUUCCGCUCUAGAUAAACAGUGUAGGAGUGUCUGUUUAUACGCUGGCUCAGUUGAUUUAAAGUGGAAUGGUGUCAAUCAUAAACUGGAAGCUGCUGUAUCACGACACUGGUUUCCACACACACUUCAACACCAGCGUUUAGAAGAAGAGGUACGCAGAUUUUAGAUGAUCUGAUGCAACGGCUAUGCACUGAAAUCUUAAAUUUAGUUAAGCUAUUAUGUUUUUCAUGAGCUGCCCUGUAAAAUAGAAUUGAAGAUGAAUGUCAAUCUUGUUUGUCUGCACUGUAAAUGAACGGGAGAUUUAAAAGUAAUUUAUGAUGUUGUAUCUGUAAAGAGAGAAUAUGGAGUUUUAUUUGUAUGCUUAAUACGUGUGAUGUUUUGCAGGCCUUUAAGCAAGGAGACUAACAUUGUUAGAAGCUUUACACAUAUGCUUUAGUGGGAUUCUGAUUAUUGGAAUGCAGAAACACUGGAUUUAUACCAUGAUUUUUGAGUUAUUUUGCUUGUUGAAUGAUUUACUAUGGAACUGUGAUUUGUGUGUUUGCUGAGCUACAAUGUAAGAUUAUUUUGCAAAUCUGUCACACUACUCUAUUGUGCAAUACAAUCUGUAAAUGGAGUGUAUGAGGAAAAAGAGUGAGUCUUUGUUUAAUUAAACUACUGAGAUUUUCCAUG